GCAGGCGCGGCGAGCGGAGGCGAGAGGAAGCGCAGGCCGAGCCGGGAGGGAGGCGGCGGGCUCGGGCCAUGUUCCCCCGCGGCUCGCGGCGUCGCCGAUCCGCCCGGACCUGGCCCAGAGAUCCGUCUGCUGUAUCCUGUCAUCCAUAGCCUGACAAAAAUAAAGCUCGGGAUCUGAAAUGGACCGUCACCUUCAGCAUGAUUGCCUCUCCCCUCAAGAAAGCAGUACAACGUGUUUGAAAACUGGCCCCCACCCUCAGGAUGCCGAAGGGAGCUGCAGCUCCAAAGGGAAGAGAAUCGGGACAUCCCGGCCCAGGUUGUCUUCAAGGCAGGCAACAUGUCAUGCGAGCUUUUCAGCUACCGGUCGUCUUUCCCUAAUACGCCAUCCCCCCAGUCUGCCAUAGAAAGCUGAUGGGUGGCCUUGGACCAGUCAUGCUCAGCCAGACAUCCUUCACAGCCAUCCAGCAACCAAAUGGGAGCGCCCUGGACAACCAGGCCGUGGAGGACACCAGCAGGGAUGCAGGCAGCCCGAAGUUGAAACAAAACGUUGUAGUCCUGGAUCCAGCGGACUACACAGGGCACUGCUCUUUCCUGAGGGGCCUAUUCGCAGUGCCCAACAGCUGGACUGAGAUCACAGCCGAUUUCCUGGAAGACGCUUUCCGGAAAGUUUUAACUGAAAUGGACUAUCUAGCCAUCCAGCAACCAAAUGGGAGCGCCCUGGACAACCAGGCCGUGGAGGACACCAGCAGGGAUGCAGGCAGCCCGAAGUUGAAAUAAAACGUUGUAGUCCUGGAUCCAGCGGACUACACAGGGCACUGCUCUUUCCUGAGGGGCCUAUUCGCAGUGCCCAACAGCUGGACUGAGAUCACAGCCGAUUUCCUGGAAGACGCUUUCCGGAAAGUUUUAACUGAAAUGGACUAUCUAGGUAGUUACACGUCCCUGGCCAUUCAAGACUACUUGGCCCACUACCUGAGCAGGCACCGGGGAGAACUAAAUGGCACCCGCGACCAUCCACAACCAGUCCCCUCUUGGGGCUCCUAAACAGGAGGAAGGGAUUCAGUUUCCAAGACGUAUAUGAAAGAGCCCCAGUGAGCAGCCACUUGAGGAAGGAGGGCUCCUCCCCCAAAUGAGUGAUUCUCACCUCUUUCCCUUUGCAUCUUCUUCCAGGGCUCAAUAAAGCUGUCCAGGCUCUCAGGCCCUGAAGUCCUGAACCUUCUUCGCCUGACAGUUAUUGUGUUCUUCUUGUCACCCGCAGCCAUCCAGCCAUCAACUGGGGCAGUUGCGGUGAGAGAGGAGUGUGGUAGAAUUUGGGGGUGUUUGGUUCUGAAACCAGGCCAUUAAGAACAUGAACCCGACUCAGGCUCUUUGGAAAGCUCCUAAAAGCCUCCUCAGGGAAAGCUUUCGUUUUUCUUUUCCAUAACUCCCUGAAGGCUGGCUGGAGUUUCACUUUCUGGGAAAAGGGGGAGAACACUAAGUUAAUUAGCACAAAUUGACACAUAAUGGUAUGCAAGGUCUUUCGCCUUGCUUCUAAAUUACAGCGGGUCAUUUAGAUAGAGGGGCUCCAGGUCAUCUUCAUCUUGUUUUGAAGUACAUUGGGGGAGCCUGGGCCGGCAAAGUGUGAAAUUCCUUUUUGUGACCUGUAGAAGAUGUUCUGAUUUAUUGGACCACUUGUUCCUGGGAAAGGAACAACGUGGACCCACAGAGAACAGUUUUUUGUAUACAACACCACAACUUUGGACCAUAAAAGGAGGAGCCGAAAUCCCUUCACUGCUGCACUGCCAAUUGGCAGGGAAACUUCUAGGAGUUCCCCAGCGAUUGGUGGGCAGCCCGAAAGCUUUCGACUUGGGAGGGAGGAGGAAAUAGUGUGUUGGUACCUUUAGCCUUAAGCCUUCAACCUAUAUAUAUAUAUAUAUAUAUAUAUAUAUAUAUAUAUUUCUUAAGUCUUAGUGUUAAGCUGUUUCCUUUUGUGGUUUGCAUUAUAACCUUUGAGAUAUAUUCAAUAAACUUUUAGAUUUG